AUGUGCGAUGGUACUCAGCCACUGGUCUACCUUAAAACUGAGAAUUGUCGCUGUUUCAUCAGCCUACUGAAGUCUGUCCAUUUCAGAGAUUUAGCCACACUUUUUGUCUCGAAGAAUGGUCUGAAGGUGACCGUGGAAGAUGCCAAGUGUGUCCAAGGCAGUGCCUUCUUACAAGCAGAUCUUUUUGAAGAAUUCAAAAUUUGUCAGCCGAUAAUUGCUUUUAAAAUAAAUCUCAAUAUUCUUCUGGAUUGUCUUUCUAUAUUUGGCACUUCUUAUCAGGCUUCUCUUACAUCCGCUAUCUUAACUUACAAGCAGCAUGGAGAUACACUGGACUUACUUUUAGAGGAUAAUGGAGUUGUGGCAGAAUGCAAUAUCAAAACUAUGGACGCUCUUCAGAUCCUGGAUUUUGACUUUUCGAGUAGCAAAGUAACCAGCAAGAUUAUUAUAAAGGUAUGA